GGAGGGGUAUGACUUUCGUAAGUGUUCCAAUCCCUGAACACGAAAAAAUCGAGUUUUCAAUUACGUCGUUGAGGUGCUAUUUGGCGACUUUACUGGGAUUAAUAUUUUUUUAAUAUCAUAUAUUCAUCAUGGCAAUACGUCAAUUGCAUUAGAAAUUUUUUAUGAUUGUAUUUAAUAAUUGUUAAAUAAUAAAAAUUCAGUCCGGAACAGAGGCAACGUCGCCCACUAGAAAAUUUCGUCAAUUACCACAUUCCCUGAAAUUAUAAAUAAAUCCGUAAUUCACAACAACAAAAACACGAACAAAAUUCCCCGCUGACCUCUGUUAAUUCCCGGAACUCGAUAAUUAUCCGAUAAACCAUGAUAAAUUAAAAAUAUUUUUCAAAAACAAAAUAACAGGAAAACAUCUUAAUUAAAUAACGAGCGAACUACAUAUUCUCGCGGGAUCUGCGUGCCACCUGUCUAAACAACUAACAAUGACCCAACGUAUUCCGAUUGAUCCUCAUGUCUGUUGAAUUCAGAAUCAACUCGUGUAAUUGGAAUUCUCUGCAGUUGUUGUGACGUCACAGAGCAAUUUUUAUCGGGAACAAAUGAACUCUUAUCUCUAAGAACUCUUCCCAGCUCUCGUUGUAUCGAGGCUAAUUGAAUGGGAGUCAUAAAAAUUGGAUCUCUAGAGGGGGAGAGAGGAGCAUAAUAAUAGAUGCUAUCAGUAAUUAAAGAUCGAAGAUAGAAUUUUUAAUUAAUUCUUCAACUCUUGUAAUAAAGCAAUUCUUGAUUUAUCUGUCGGGGGGUUCUCAAAUGGAUUAAUUCGCUAUUGACAAUUGUUAAUUAUGCAAUUAGCAUUUGCUUCUAAAUUCAAUGUUUAUUUAAACUAAAUAAAUGGGCCCAUUAGCUUAACCUUGAUUUUUAUUUGCGUUCUUCCAAAUUGAAAAAAAUAUUCUCUUCAUCUAAAUAAAUACUUUAUCUAUAAAUGUAAUUAUAACUCUACUGCAAUGACCUGUCCUUCAGAAUGAAUUAAUUAUUUAUAUUUCGUAUAAUUAAGAGGUCUCGGAAGUAAAUAAAAACCACUGAAAUGCAAGAAAAACUUUGCGCUAUGAAUUCUCAGCCGAAAGGGAAUGCAAAAAUCUGAAGGAUUGCUUGAAAAAUUUGUUCCUCUUCUAGCAACUGGACGAAACGAGUCCAAAAAUUUUCAAUUAAUUGGGUGUCAAACCGUAGCUGUAGCACCAACAAAUAACAAAUGAUAUUCUGUCCCCAAUUAAUUACGCAGUUUACAGAUGCAGAGAAGUCCAAAAUGCACGGAGUGAAGCGGGUUCUGAUUUUCUGUCUUCUCACAACGUUCAUGCCAAUAUUUCUAUUGGUAAUGCCGCUUUAUUUGAGACACAGUUUGUACGCUGACGUAGUUUAUGCUGUCACUGAGUCGGAUAUCAUGGAGAUUAAUGAUGGAGUGUCAACAAUGUUCUGCUCCGCCCACACACUCCAGAUGAACAGCACCUUCAACGCCUUCCAAAUGGGUCAUAAACCCGAAGUGACAUCCUAUCGCAAGCACAUAAGACUGAAGAAGAGUAUGACCUUGCCCGACGAUACACUUGAGUACUGGGGCUUUUAUCUCCUUCGAGGAGCGACUGUGGCACUUUCUGUUUGCUCAAAGUCCAAAGGUGCAUCGAUCCUCGUGGUGAAAGGCCAGAGGACCUUGAGCACAUGUGGCCUCCUGGACCACAACGAGAACAAAGCCCGUAAAAACGGUAUAUUCCUCUCGUCAGGACAAAACCAGGUGAAGAUCACUUUCGAUUCAAACGCCCAGUUGAUAGAGUCGAAGGAGACUCCCCGAGUGUCGCCAGGGAAUCCCGCACUCCAGGAGCCCCAGACCACGGAGAGGACCUCGAACCAUUCCCAGGACCUCCAGAUCUCGGCAGCCAGUCUCAGCCGCCUCAGCCCCUCCGUCCAGUCCUACAUAACUGACCUCAUCACCUCUCACGACUCCAAACUUCACAAGAAUGAGAACAAGAACGAGAAUUUCGGGUCUGAAAGGAGAGUGAGACACGCGAGGAAGAGGUUUAGUGAGAAGAUCCAUGAGAGAGAUGAGGUUGAAGAGGAUCCAUCGGAAGUUCAUGGGAAACCGUCGGAGAGGCCGAUCAGGACACGAAGAUGGGCGAGAUCUUUCGAAAAAUCUUCGACACCCUCUCCCGUUGUUGAAUCGACAACUCAGAAGGACUACUCCUUCGAGCGGAUCAGGGACUACGUCAGGAAGCUCAACCCAAAGGCCAAGAAAUCACUGUUAGCCCGGCAGAAGCUCGAGCUCCUCAAGUACCAGCUGGAGACCCCGGGGAUGGACAUAGCAGCCGAGGAAGACAGCAGGGGUGAGAAGAUCUACAUCUCCCACAAGUACAAGCCCCCGAGGACGACUCACAACGUCGUGAAGAGGAGUCAAGAGCCGGUGAAGCCUCCAGCGCUGCUGGAUCGAGGGGUCAAACACGGGGGCAAUGCCUUCAACAAUCCUGAGGGGGACGAGUCGUCCUUCUCGUCCUUCGAGGAGGGCCUCUUCGACUGCUACGAGGGGAACAUUCUACUGGCGAGCAAAUUCCCUCCGACUAGUUGCGAAAGCACCGAUGAUCUUCUCAAAGCUGGAGGCAUGCACAUGCAGACACAUCACAACGUCACGGAGGAUGGAUAUUACUACUAUAUUUUCUACAGCGACAAUGACUCGGGCUCCAAUGAUAUGCACGCUGUGUUCGACAUCUGGAAGCCAACUUUUCAGUAUGAGAACGUCACCAAGAGCUGCGUCAAUGUGACGGACUGCACAUUUCCGUUGGAGAUCAUGUCUGAUGAUAGGGUUAUUGUGGAGAUUCCGACGAGGGAUGGGAUUGAACAUGAGGCUGAUGAUGUUUCGUUGCUGGUCUCGGUCUGCCAUCCUAGGGUUGGAUUUUAUGUGAUCUUUCCUAUUGCCGUUCUGUUGUUCAUCUUGAGUUGUGCGUUUUUGUGAGGGCUGAUGGUGGGGGGUUGGGGGAGUAUUUUUGCUGCAGCAGUACGAAAAGUUGGAUUUUACUGCCGAGGACGUCAAAUCGGUUUUUUGUCAUUCUAAAUUCGCAGCAGUACGAAAAGUUGGAUUUUACUGCCUAGGAAAGAUCGGGUUUGCAUCACGGAUGAAUAGAUUUAAUAGAAAACCAGCGAAUUCGUUAGGAAAUUUUAUUGGAUUUCUAUUGAAAUUUCUAUUAUUUU